CAAUGUGUAUCGUGUAGGCGUUGGCGAGAGGAAGGAGGCGAGAGAGCCGCGACCGCCGCCGCCACUCGCUCUUUUCGGAAAUGUGUUGUCCGUGAGAGGAAAAAAAAAAAAAGACAACGUGUGAACUGAGAAGCCGGUGUGCCGCGUGUUCACAUGUGCGUUUCAUUUCGCGAGGAAUUUUCGUUCCAAAGCAUUUGUCGUAUCUCUCUGCUCUCUUCUCCCCCCUCUCCCAUCACAUCACCGCCUCUUUCUCUCUCUCUCUCUCUCUUUCUCUCCCUCUCUCUUUCUCUUUAUCAUACAUUGUGCCUCUAGAGCGCUGUCCAAGCCUUGUCCACGACGACGGAGCCACGUCUCCGCGUCUUGGUAAGCGUGAGUGAUCGUUAUUAUUAUUCCGCGGGUAGUGUGGAUAUCGGCGAAGAUUCCCGUUGACGCUUUUAACCGUGUCCGCUUUUUCCCGUGUCGCGUCGUAGAAGAAAGACAGGACGGACGAGCGAACGUACGGGGGCGUGAACGACGCCCGUCCUCGAUGCUGCAGCAUUGUUCCUCGCUACGUCGUUUCGGAAGGUCGUGACUUCCGGAGAGAAAGAAGAGAGAGAGUGGAGUAUCGCGAAAAAGGUGUGCUGACCGCGUUCCUGUCGUCGUGACAAGCAGGACCAGAAGAAAUCAAGAGGAGACGACGGAUGUAGACCAGUCCUCGUGGCACGUCCUCAUCACGUUUCUCAUCUCGAAUCUGGAAGCGAGAUAUUCUCAUCGGGAUCACGCGUUGUUCUUCGCAGCACGAAGGUGUAUUAUUUUGUUCCAAGAGCCCAUCAUCCUUCGACGAAGGUCUAUUAUACUCCGGGAUUUUGUGGAGAAUAAAAAACAGAGCGAGUGUUUGAGAGAAAUUUUUGGCAGAGAAUCAAGACGGGAUUUAGAACCGCGGGAUGUUCUAGUCGAGAGGACGCUGAAGAAGAAAAAAAAAAGACCAACCGCGGCGAGACAUGUUCGGCGUCCUGAAGGGAGAUCCGACCGGCGAAGCGGGCGGUUAGUUGCGGUGCAUCCUGCUGCAUCUACGCUCCCUCCCCCUCCCACACUCAUUAGAGAGAGAAAAAGUGCGAUCCUGACGAUUCUCGUCGACGAAUCGUCGCGAGGAAUAAAUCCACGUUAAAUAAUAUUGGCAACGUUAGCGUUUAUAUUAUUAUCUAUUAUUGCAAAAAGGACUCGAAAGGAGCCGGCACGCCUCCAUGUGCGCGACGAGAUCCUGAGGAGGCGCGUGGUUUGACAGGAUCUCGCGAACGGAGCGCCGCGGCGCCGGUUCGAAAGGAUUUUUAAGGAUUCGAGGAAUUCGCUCUCUCGUUCCUCUCCUCCUCCACGCGCGUCCUCGUUGUUCUCGCUUCGUCCUCGGCCUGUGUGUGAUAUUCGAUUCAGACAAAGGCGUGGAUGAUACCGGCGGGCUAUUCAACAACAACAACGACGGCGGUCACGAGGCGGUGGAUCGUAUUUCCUGCGGCUGUAACGGGUGUCACGGCCGAUUCGUGGAAUGUGACGGGAGACGUCGCUCGCGGAGUAGUGAGUCGUAGAAAAGAAAACAUCAUCCACUGCUCGGGAGCAAGAGACACAAAUCGGCUGGUAUGUCAAAUAAUCAGCUGGUUGACUCCUGUCUACGCGUCCUACAGGAGAAAGCCCCCGACAUGCCACAAUACACCGGACAGGGCGACACGGAUUAUCAUGGGAGUAACGGACAGGCGGACACCCACUCGUUGCAUUCGUCUCAUCUGUCCGUCCAAGAAGAUCCGCUGCUCAUUCGGACUCAUAAGCAACAAACCUCUCAGCAAGUGACGACUGUGACGAAAGUCGUGCGCGAAGUUUCCCACAUGGAGCCGGAUCCGGGCGCGGUCAGUUACAUGUCGGUGCCGUUAAUGUCGCAAGACUAUCAGCACGCGGACCCGCGCUACCCCGCGGACCCGUACAUGGUCAGUUUCGAUCAUUACGACCCGUACCUGGGCUAUCCGCCGCAGCCGGGUUAUCCGGGGCCCCAUGGCAUCUAUAUGCCGCGCUCGCAUUCCCCGCACAGCCCUCAUAGCCCGUCGGAGCACAGCCGUGCUUCCCCGCCACACGAAUAUAUGCGCAAGGGUGCGCCUUAUGUGGAGGGUAGCUAUAAUGAUAUCGACCCCGGCUUAAACCCCGCUUUACAAGACCAUUAUCGCAUUACUCCGAGUCCAGGAGGUCCUGGGGAUCAGUAUGACGAGAGCAAAGUGGCCUACGGAUACGUGUCGCCAUCGCCAUACGGGCCCGUGGGGUACGGGCCCGCCGUGGGAGUCGGGCCGGUACCCAGCGACGUGCCCGGUUACGAGGAGGGCCACCCGGGGGUGCCCCUCACGUCAGGCGUGCCACCCGGCAUCUUCGAGGACGAGGUGCAUCUGCAACGGCUGCAAUCGCGUCAUCCGGUGAUGCCCGGCAUGGCGAGUCCUCUCGACGACGAUCAAAAGUCCAUGCGCUGGCGGGACCCGAACCUAUCCGAGGUGAUCGGCUUCCUCAGUAAUCCCAAUAGUAUAAUCAAGGCGAACGCGGCCGCCUAUCUCCAACACCUGUGCUACAUGGACGACCCGAACAAGCAAAAGACGCGCAGCCUGGGCGGGAUACCGCCUUUGGUACAGCUGCUGGAUCACGACACCCUGGACGUUUACAGAAACGCGUGCGGCGCCCUUAGAAACCUAUCGUACGGUCGCCAGAAUGACGAGAACAAACGCGCCAUCAAGAACGCCGGCGGCGUACCUGCUCUUAUCAAUCUCUUGCGAAGAACGUCCGACGCGGAUAUCAAGGAACUGGUCACGGGGGUACUGUGGAAUCUCUCCUCGUGCGAAGAUCUGAAGAGGUCGAUCAUCGACGACGGUGUUACAAUGGUGGUGAACAACAUAAUAAUACCUCAUAGCGGCUGGGACCCGAGCUCGUCGAGCGGCGAGACCUGCUGGUCUACGGUCUUCAGGAACGCGUCGGGCGUCCUGAGGAACGUCUCCAGCGCCGGCGAAUACGCGCGUAAGAAUCUACGCGAAUGCGACGGUCUGGUGGACGCAUUGCUCUACGUGGUACGUUCGGCGAUCGAGAAAUCUAACAUCGGUAACAAGAUCGUCGAGAACUGCGUGUGCAUCUUGAGGAACCUGAGCUACCGCUGCCAGGAGGUGGAGGACCCUAAUUACGACAAACACCCGAUACAAUCGACGGUACAGAACAGGGUCGCCGCACCCGCGAAAGGUGAGAAUCUGGGCUGUUUCGGCGGUAGCAAGAAAAAGAAAGACGGUCAACCGGUUCAAAAGGAAACCACCACGUCACGUACGACAAAUCCGCGAACCGAACCAGUCAGAGGAAUGGAAUUGCUCUGGCAACCGGAAGUGGUUCAGUCCUAUCUUAGUCUUUUACAAACAUGCUCGAAUCCGGAAACACUGGAGGCUGCAGCCGGGGCCUUGCAAAACCUCGCCGCCUGUUACUGGCAGCCGAGUAUCGAAAUUCGCGCGGCUGUACGCAAAGAGAAAGGUCUCCCUAUAUUAGUGGAACUCUUAAGAAUGGAGGUGGACCGAGUAGUAUGUGCAGUCGCGACUGCACUAAGAAAUUUGGCGAUAGACCAACGCAAUAAGGAACUAAUAGGCAAGUACGCGAUGAGGGAUCUCAUUCAGAAAUUACCGUCUGGAAAUAAUCAACACGAUCAGGGCACGAGUGACGACACGAUCGCCGCGGUGCUGGCCACAUUAAACGAGGUCAUCAAGAAGAACGCCGAGUUCUCGCGGUCAUUGCUUGAUGCCGGCGGUGUCGACAGACUAAUGAACAUCACCAGGCAACGUCAGAAAUAUACACCGCGUGUUCUUAAAUUUGCAGGACAAGUACUCUUCACUAUGUGGCAACAUCAAGAGCUGCGAGAUGUGUAUAAGAAGCAUGGUUGGAAAGAGCAAGAUUUUGUCACGAAAACCGUCGCCGCCAGAAAUUCAGGGCCUAAUUCACCCAACAACGCUAACAGCUAUGAUUGCAGCACACUGAAUCGACCAAUGGCGAGCCAGGGAAGCACAAGAUAUGAGGAUCGAACAAUCCAGCGAGCAAAUAUGAAUUCGAAUAAUGUCGGUCGACCUACUAUAUAUCAAUCACAGCCGAAACCCGGUGAGCCGCUCUACGCGCAAGUUAACUUGGAGAAGAAAAAGAAGCGGCAGUACGAGCUGGGGGUGGGCCAGGGUGGCCAGGUGGGUCAAGUGGCCGGCGGUAGUGGUGGCAUCGCGAUAUCCGGUGGCGGUGGCGGUCAAUGGGUACCGGACGGGGUUGGAAUGGUACCGGAUGGCACCGGCGCCCCGUCGGUGACGGCGACGGUGGCUAAUCAAGUGCCACCGCCGAGUUCGACCGCCGCCGCUGCCGGUGAUUCCUGGGUAUAACGCGUCCUACGAGCGGGUCCCCCUACGCGGGACCGCCAGAAGGAUCUCGCCGGGAACCUCGAACAGCUGUUGCUGCCGCCGCCGCCGCCGUUACCUCUGAAUCUGUCAAUGUAGCGGAACAACGGUCGAAGGUCCAAACGAAAUCUGGAAGAUGUAAACUUACCGAGGACGAUCGCGUUUUUUCCAGAAUAUAUGACAGGGACACACGGACUCUCUGGCAUAGACUCGAGAGGGAUUCGAGUGGGGAUUAUAUUUAUUCGAGACAGACGUUGCGAGAGAUAGAGAAAAUAUUCGAUGCAGCAGGUUUAUGAGAAGACCGAGUAACUCGGAGAAUCGGAAGUAAAAUGAAAGUACUCGAGUUUGUUUGGAAUGUUAUUGAGAGCGAGUGUUAUUGAAUGCGAAAAUAAUCUUAAGUGUGUUGACGAAGCGUUUUUCUCCGAAGGAGAAGAAAACGUCAGCAUAUUAUUACGCUUUGCCAUUGGAAAUAAACGUCCAUGUUACAAUUAGGAGGAAUCUCGAAGAUGCGCAUUUAACGGGGUUUCAUUUAGUUAACGAGACGAAUGGCAGCUAAGCUAGGAUGACGGGCAACUUAAAUUAAAUUGCAAGUGUACCUUCAUUUCCGAAAAUGAAGAUAAUUUACGAACGAGGAUGUAUAUAUAAAGUUGCAGCUGAUGAGAUUUAAUUGAUCGACGAGAACGAAUUAAGAUUGAAAAAAAGAAAUGAAGGUAUGUCGCGCUGUAAAAAAGAUUUUUAUGCUUUAGUAUCUUUUUUAGUAUUAGAAAAUCGAGAUAACGCACGAAAAUGCGACGAGUAGAUUGAAGGAUCGUCUACUCGGAUAGAAACAGAAGCGAUGGAUUUAAAAAUCCGAUCGCUAAUAAAUCGUGAACGAUCGUUCUAUCUUGCUUUCAAGGACGUAGAAAUCCUUUCUCUACGAUCUCUCACAUCGUCUUAUUACGGCACGGACUUUAAAUAGCUGGGAAAGGAGGAAGGGGGUUGAGAUAUUAAAAAGGCUCGUGCCUGAGAUAAAUUGAAAUAUCUCGAACACACUUUGAUUAAGUAUACUUGAAUUGCGAGAGAGAGAGAGAGAGAGAGAGAGAGAGAGAGAGAAGCUUCGAUCGACCUUGGAAUGGCAUUGUGCUAACGCAUUUUUCUCCGAGAAAGUUUUUCGUCGACGUAUAUAAAAAUCGAAACGGAACAAAGAACGAACGAGUCGUGCCCACCGAAUAUCGAUCCGGCAAACGCGAGAAUGCAUCUGUAGAUGCAUCCGCAAUCUCGAUAUACGAUAUUAGCGAGAGAAAGAAAAAGAGAGAUAGUGUGAGUGUGAAAAGAAAGGAAAAGAGAGAGAACGACGUCGUCCAACCACAUCCGCAGCAGUAGUCGCACUAAUGGCUCUAAAAUACCUUCAUUGCACAAUUCUAAAUUAAUAUAUAUAACUGCGUAAAUAUAUUAUACAUGCGGCACCGUAUAUAUACACAAGCACACAAACACCAGAAUCGUAUAAGUGUAUAUUUUAAGGUGAUGUGUUAGAGGCGAUAAAAAAAAAAGAGGGCGUAUACCGAUGAUCGCGAAGUACAGGCUAAGGUGCUAAGAAUAGGCAUGUCUAUGUAAGCAUUAUAAAAAAAAAAAAGAAAAUAAUAAUAAAAGAAGAGAUAGAGAGAAGCGACUUGAAAGAAGGAUCAGCCGUGAUUUUUUAUGCAACUUGAUAGUUUAUGGGGAUAUAUAUUCCUUUUUAGUAGAACACACCCGCGAAGGAUUAUUAAAUUUAAUAAACAAGGUUGCAGGUUACUGUGUUUGGUGAUUAUUAUAGUAAUCACUCGAUGAAUUAAUCGAUAAUUAUUAUAAUCAUGAUGACGAUGACAUCAUUCGAUAGCUGUUUUAAUUAUUCGAUUGCAUUUGAAUUUGUCUCAAGAUUCUUACACAAUUCCCGCGAAAAAGUGGCAUUUAAUUUAAGGAAAAAAAAGAUGUAUACACCUCCGUUGCAAUUAUGAAAAAAUAUCGUAAAAAUCAAUAAAUAAUUAAUCCCGUUACCAUUGUAAGAAAGAUUGCACAGCUGCUUCUUUGUAAUACUUGAAUGCCCACCAAUCGUCGUGUGUAUAUGUGCGCCUAUUAUAAAAUAUAUGAGACAUAUAUGUAUGCUGGCGACACACUGGCAUAGAGUUUAGCGAUGAUUAUAUGACUGUAUUAUGUAAACAUUGAGGCUGUGGGUGUGGCACGAGGAUGCUGAUUUAUUACGAGUUACUGCACUUUUGCAACACGUGUGACUUUAGGGAGUACACUUUUAACUAAAGUGCGUAUGAAUCCUGUUCUCGUGCGUAUGAAAGCGCGUGUCAAGGUAAAGAGAUUCAUUUUUAUCGCGUAUACACGAGCUCGUGUCUUAAAUCGUGUUA